UUAGUGGUUUGUUGCUCAUGGCAUUAGGUUUAGGUUACAGUUACACUUAAUAAUUAUCGUUUUAUAUUUCAGCUGAAUGACAAAGGAAAGCGUCAUUUGUCCUUUUCAGUGUCACUUUUGAAUAACAGGACACGAUUCAAACAGGUAUGGCAACUCUGUCGCCACCAUAAGCCCCGCCCUUGAUUGAUGCGUCAAACAAAGCGAUAUCAUUCCCGCCGAUGAUUGGUCGAACGCAUCGACCGCCUCACGCCGACCGCGCUCCCAUUGGCUGAAUGCCCCGUCAAUCAGGUGUGCCUAAAAAUGCUUAAACUGUACAACUCCGGCUUUCGAUAGACACAGAAAGAGGGAUCGGACGCGAGAUGAAGUGAUGUGACAAAACGGCGUUUUAUGGAUGAUUUAGGGUGUGUUUGAGCAGUUAUGGUGCCACGGACGCGUUUCGUUUCAAUCUGGGAUUGAUUUUUGUGAAUGGAGAUUUCGUCGCAGGCCUCGGACAUCUGAUUCAUUUUCAUCAUCUGCUUGAUGUACUGAUCUCAGAUUUGUUUUUAUUUGCGAUUUCGCGAGAUGAAGAGAGUUAAUAGUUUCCAGAGGUUUAUGAACACCCGAGCAGCUGUGAACCGCCGUUACCAGCCCACAUGUUACGAGCACGCGGCCAACUGCUACACCCAUGCCCUGCUGAUUGUGCCGGCGUUCGUGGGAAUGGCUCUCUUACACCGGCUGUCUGAUGACCGCUGGGAGCGGAUCACGGCCUGCGUGUACGGCAUGGGUCUGAUCGCUCUGUUCCUCGUCUCCACAGUCUUUCACAUCAUUUCCUGGAAAAAGAGCCACAUGAGGACCAUGGAGCACUGCUUCCACAUGUGUGAUAGAGUCGCCAUAUACUUCUUUAUCGCUGCCUCUUAUACACCAUGGCUCAAUCUCCGGGAGCUCGGGCCACUCGCCGCUCACAUGCGCUGGUUUGUGUGGCUGAUGGCGGCCGCCGGGACCAUCUAUGUGUUCAACUACCACGAGAAGUAUAAGUUAGUGGAGCUGGCGUUCUACCUGACCAUGGGCUUCUUUCCUGCGCUGGUGGUGACAUCAAUGAGUAACACAGACGGGCUGUAUGAGCUGGCGUUCGGAGGCUUGGUCUACUGCCUGGGUGUCGUCUUCUUCAAAUCAGACGGUGUGAUUCCGUUCGCUCACGCCAUCUGGCACGUGUUCGUGGCUCUUGCUGCCGCCAUCCACUACUACGCCAUCUGGAAGUACCUGUACCGCAGUCCCCCGCUGGAGGACAUCAGGGAUGCUUGAGCUCCUCUCCCUCAUCAUUUCCUCCUCCAUCACCAAAACAUCACAACCGGAUGCUCCAAACACCAACGUUUACCAGUACGACCAUGCAAUGUUUACGGUUUUCUAACCAACUGGGAUCAGUGAAGUGUGUGUGUGUGUGUGUGUGUGUGUGUGUGUGUCGCAGUCCUGAAUGCACAUUUGCCACAGUUGCACCAAGACGACAAUGUUUGUGUGUUUUCCCCAUUUUCAUCAGUAUUUUGUAAAUAUAUUCCACUGGAAGCAGAUGAAUUGUGAUUCUUUUUGAUAUUUAAUGAUUUUUCCGUGCAUUCAGUCACACACACACACACUCAGUAGCAGUUUCAUAUCAUCUGUAGUGAAUUACUUUUCUUUACUCGUGCGACUUUCUGUAUCAAAUCUGUAUUUUUGCAUCUCAACUCACUGGGUUUUUACUUCAGACGUACGCUAGUUGUUUUCUACAAAGCGCUAGUGGUUUUCUACACUCCUGGCGUCUCCUUCCCCCGUGUUUCUGCUCUUUCAGCAGGAUUUGAAAGUGUUGCACAGAGCUUUUUUUCUAAGCAGCACUUUUCUAACAGGAAGAACCACUUCUCUUUCAUACUCCAUUUGCAGGCUGAUGGCGGAUAGAAACUAUGUUGAAUGCUUCUCUGCACAACCAGGUUUAUGAUGCUAUAGGAUGUUUUAUCUCACCGCCUGAACCACCUUAAAGACAUUUUGUGAAGUUUCUCAAAUUUGGCACAAUAUUCGAUGGGCUUGUGAUUAAGAAGUGUUAGCCAAUGACUUUUGAAUGACAUCCUACAAUAACAUCCUGUGUCUGUUAUGAUGAAAAUGACAAAAACGGGUCAGAUUUCACCCCCAAAUCUUGAAAAGUUGAAUUGCAAAAAAAAAAAAAAAAAGUUGAAUCAGUAAAAUUGCAGUUGCAUUGCAAGAAACUAAAGCAUACUAUUUUUAGGACCAUUAUGUUUGUUUUUAUUUUUUUUUUUUUUUUUUUGCGUUGUCAUUCUCAUGAUGUUUUUCUUCUCAUUACUAUAGCGUUUUUAUUAUUAUUAUAUAUAAGUAUAUGUAUAUUUAAAAUAAA